UGCGAGCAGCACAUGUGCUCAUAAUGUAGGGUUGCAGGUUUACUGCCCGUCGUAUUCGGCCUCGAGUAAGUCCGCAGAAUUCUUGGAUGGAUACGCGUUUCCUCGAAUGUUGAGUGGUCAGCAUGACCAAGUAGGCAGCAAGUUUGAAUUCGGACUAGUUGCGCCUGAUGACAUGUUCUAAUUCUAAUGGAACCAUCCUGGGCAAGUCGUUGACUGCGAGGCUCAUCCUGUCGUUGUAGCGGAGGGUGCAAUACCGUAUGUCGGCCACAGCAACAAAAUGGCCUCUUCCAAGCGCAAGCUCAUGCAGUUGGACAAGAGCAUCAUCCUUGAGAAGAUCAACCGCAUUGAAGAGCAAGAACAGUGGUUGUUCACCAGCAUCAAGGACAUCUCAGCAGGGAAUGUCACUGAAGCAAGAAAACUCCUUGAGGAAACUGACCGGAAGAAGUUUUGGAAGCAUUACGUCCAAGUCAACUCAGCCUUGGAGGCCAACCUACGCACACUGAUGCAACUUACCAUAAACCUCAAGUCAUCUACUAAUGACCAUGAUGACAGCGAUUCUAGUUCUAGCGUAGAUUCUCAGUUGGAUUCCAUCCCUGGCACCAACGAUGACAGCACCUCAGUGUUCAGCGAUGUCAGCACCAUGACGGCUUCUUCACGUGGAUCAAUUAGCAGCAGAUCCCGGGGGUUACUGAGCAACAAGAAGUCGCCCACAGACAAGCGGCACAGGCCGGCAGAUCCCAAAGGGAAGGCUGAGGCGCACUGCCCUAGUGAAAGUGUGGAAGACAGGGGAAGUGCGAGUGGGAAACCCUCGGUCACCUCUGUCCAAGAAGGACAGAGGGUGGCUGGUCAUAAGCCGGACCAUCAGCAGCAGAUGCAGCAGGACGUUCAGGACAGCCAACGGUAUGCAGAACGGGAGGAGACCAGAGUGCCCCUCGGAUUCCACUCGCAGGAGUGCGCUUCAGCAGGCACGGAGAGUAGAACAGGGCCAAACAAGGCAGGCGACUCGGCCACAGGGCCAGAACUGCAGAAAGUUCCCUCAAACACUGAGCAGACUCCCCGUCCGCCUGAGCAGCCGGCCUCCACGCAGCCCUCCCACCCGCAGACAGGCAGCCAGCAAUCUGUCCCCCUUCAUUGCCACAUCACCACGAAGAAACAGACUGCGGUCAUCAGGCCAAUGGCGGUGAAGGCCAGCCCUCAAGUGGAAAUGAUAGUCAGCGAGGUCAAUAGUCCAGCAAUCUUCUGGAUUCAGCUGGCCGAUUCACAAUUGGACAUCUUUGCACAGAAAUUAAACCGGUUUUACCACGAUCACCAGGACCUGCCUAUCCCGGCUCCCGAAAUGCGCACCUUCUGCUGCGCACGUUUCACUGAGGACGACCAGUGGUACCGCGCUCGCAUCAUAGGAGUGCGAGGUCAGAGGUCAGGUCAACCACCUGACCUGGACGAUCUGGCAGGCAUCGUCGUCGACGUCAUUUAUGUGGACUACGGCAACUGCGAGAGGCUCAGUCUGUCCAGGGUGCGUGUCUUGGACCCUGCCUUCACUCAGCUGCCAGCACAGGCUGUCUGUUGCUCAUUGGCCAAGGUCAAGCCCCCGGUCCCAAGGAGCGCCUGGGGCAAGAACCAGACCGACUUUUUCAAGACGCUGGUCUUGGGCAAGAAGGUCCAGGCCGCCAUCAACCUGACGAAGGGCCGCAACGUACCCUCACUGGAUAUGUCUGUUCCAAUGGUGACCUGUAAGACGCCCUCUGGUGACAGCCAUAUCAUUCAGGUGGAUGUUGCAGAGGUCAUGGUCCGGAGUGAAAUGGCCCUGUACGUGGCUGGCUGCGGUCCCCCAGAUGUCCCCCUUCAGCCACCUCAGCCGCCGGAGGGAAAGACCCUACCGUCAACAGGUACUGCAGGGGAUCGAUCUUCCGAAGGCAAGGGCGGAGGGACCAAAAUGAGUGUUAAAGAAUCAGGUCAGCAUGCCUCCUCGAGUGGGACCUCUCAGCUGGAAAGGUCCGGGGACGACAAGAGCUUGUGUAGUUCUGCAGUAAAGGGUGCUCAAGGAAGUAACCAGAAACAGCAGAACCAGAUGCCACAGGAGCAGAAAGCCAACGAGUCAACCUCCCACCAAGCAAAUGCGCAAACAGAAGACGUUCCCCCCGGGUACUUUGAGUACGAAGAGGACAAGAGCAACCCCUUUCCAAGAUCGAGGCACCAGUCCAGCUUGUCAUGGAGGCAAGUGCAGCACUCCAACACCCAGUCCACCAGCCGGACCGAACAGCUCUGCAGACGUCAGGGCAACAGAGAUGUCCCGAAGCAGGCGACACCGUGCCCGAAGAGCAAGCCCAGUGAGGUCCCUACUGCAAAGGCAUCACCCCCGUGCCUGAAGAGGGGAAGUCCGCCCAACAGAGGCCAGCCUGACCCUCCCAAGAGGCAGGGAUCCUGGACCGGACGAGGAAGCAGGAUAAACAGUUCCAGACAAGCCGCAGCACCUCCCCACAACCCCCGGAAGACAGAGCAACAACAGUUUCAGCUGGAAAAGAGACAUCUGGACUCUGGCACCAGAGGGGGGCCAGCACAUCCUCCGAAAUCAAAGGAACCAGUCAUUGGGGACUCUGGAUCCACUAAGCAGCGCUGCUCAGAGAAGGCAGUCGAUGAGGAGAGUCAGAGAGUGGCAGGACAGAAAGAUGCUUCCCAGGAGGAGCGCAGUAGCUCCCCAGAGGAAAGCGGGCCUGGCAGAAUCAGCCCCAACUCCUCCAGUGGCGUCUCCAGCUGCCAUUCAGGGCAAAGCAAUACUAGCAGCACCCAGAGGGAUGCGACCCAGUGCGAUAGCCAUAACACAGAUAAACCUCACAGGGGCAGAUGCUGGGAGGAGAGCAGAAAAGAUGUGAUAGAAAGUGACGUCAAGGACAUCCUUGGCAUACAUGCAGAAGAGUCGGGCCCUCAGAACUGUGACUUCAAGACAGACGACUCUAUCAAACAAAUGGACCAAGCACGGCCAGUCAGUGAGGAAAGCCUGAACAAGCCCCUGAGUGCUUCUUCAAGGAACCUCUCCUCGAGUGUCAGCUCUUUCGUUACAGCUGUUACAGAUCUGGACACAUUCCAGUCAGACAGUUCCUUGGCGCAGUACGGAAAGACAGACUCCCGAGCCUCUUCGCACUCCAGUUCCAGUAGCACCAUGAGCAGAUGCAUGAAAACCAAGAAACGGGAUGGCGCUAAGUCACCAUUGACUCUCCAUCCCCAGCUUGGUCAGUGGAAUGGUCUCCCGGUGCAGGACGGCUGCCUGAAGCUGGAAAUGUCUCACAUCGUCAGCCCGCUAGAGUUCUACGUCCACCUCAUCACCCCCAAAGCUUACAUGCUGGAUGUCUUGGCCCGAGAUCUCAAUGAGUGGUACAACAGUGAAGAGGGAGCCUGGACAGAAGAGCCCAUCCUGGAACAAGGUGCCCUCUGCGCAGCCAAGUUCAUCGAAGAUGGGAUGUGGUACCGGGCCAAAAUCCUCCACAUCGGGGAAGAGAAGGCUGGUACAGAGUGUCCCAAAGAUGCCAAGAGCAACCUGAUGGUCAAAGUCCUAUACAUAGACUUUGGGAACAAGGAGUGGUUGGCAGCGGACAUGCUCAGGCCAUUGAGGCCUGCGUUUUACGAGCUGCCACAGCAGGCAAUCAAGUGUAGCCUGGCGCACAUUGAGCCCCCGACAAAGGUGGACAGCUGGGAGAUUGAUGCUGCAAAGUCAGAAGGAAACACUCAGAGUCGUGAUGGAGAGGCAGAGGUAUGGCCUGACAACAUUGCCGAGGAGUUGGCCAAGAUGACCGGCUAUGACAAGUUCCUGCUUGGCAGAAUCACAGGGGAUUAUGACCUUCACAACGACGAGCCAGUGCAGUUGAUCUUGUUAGAUCCCUCCAGCCUCUGGGAGAUCUGCAUCAACCAGGAGCUGGUCAAUCUCGGACUGGCCUCCUCUUCCAGAUUUGUGCCGCAGCCUCCACCAGAAGACACCAGCAAACCAGCCGAAGUCACCGAUCGCCAGCUUCUCAUGGCCUCGGAAUGCUGGUCACUCAAAAAAUAUGCAGAGGGCGGCUAUGACCCCGUGCCUGAGCAGUCAGUGGAGGGUCAGGCAGAGGGCAAUAGUCAGGUCGUGCCAACAGGUCAGUGGGAUCCGCUGCUGUCGGACUUCCAGUCUGCCCACAACAGCUACCACAUUGACACAGACAACCCGGAUGUGGCGACUGGGGGACAUAACGUCGAAUCGAUCCGUCAGGUGUGCAAGUUCUAUUCAACAGGCAGGGUGUGUUAUCGCGGCAAGCAGUGUCCCUUCGACCACGUCAGACGAGGCGAGAGACCACACGAGUCGAUGGAUGUUUUCUUGUCCGACAACAAGGUGAGGCCUCCGCCGGCAGGCAGCAUCGUGGCGCUGGAGGUCACGGCGCUCCACAGCGCGUUUCAUUUCUGGGCUCAAUUACCGUACUCUGCGAGACCGUUGGACCUUCUCCAGCAGCGAGGGGCUUCCCCUAUAGACGACGAAGAGACGCUGGAGAUGCUGGAAGAUGCAAUGAAUCAGCUGUACUCCAACUGGAAGCACCGUCAAGCCACCAAUCCUCCCCUGAGAGCUCUCGGGGAGAUGGUCUGCUGCCUCUCCCCUCAGGAUCACCGCUACUACCGGGCAAGGGUCAUCGAAGUUAAUACUAAUCUGGACACUGUGCAGGUUUUCUAUGUUGACUACGGCAAUUCCGAAUGGGUGCCAGCGGCGGAGGUCCACGAGUUACAGCAGCAGUUUUUGCACCUGCCCCUACAAGCCGUCGAGUGUCGUUUGGUCGGAGCUAAGCCUCUGGCGUCCAACACAGAGGCCGGGGCUAGACUGCACGAGGCAGCAAGACAAUGCUUUGAGGAGUUGGUUGCCAACAAGACGCUGGUGGCUCUUAUCACUUACGUUACAGCCAAUGGCACCCUGGAAGUGGAGCUGCACGACACCACUGGGAAAUCAGAUGUCAACAUUGCCGAGGCCUUGAUUGAGAAUGAGCUGGCGGAGCGGGAGUGUCAAGCUCCGGUCACGCCCAACGGUGGGAGCAGCUCCGAGGCGAGUUCCGAGUGUUAUUUGCUCACACCAGGUUGAUGGACAUGCUGGCUUUGGGCAUUCUAAGCCCUCUUAAAAUUUGUUUUUAAUUUGGUUUUUGGUUUUUUUUUAAUCAAACCGGUAAUGUGUCAACAGGGUCAACAUGAAGCGAAUGUUCAAAGCUGGCUUUUUUUUCUGUAAAAAGUAAUUUUGUUUACAAAAGUCUUUGAGAAGGUUUGGCUAUUUGGAUGCCAAGAAGAUCACAUAACUUCCACAGCCACUCCCCCCCCCACGAAAAAAAACCAAGAAUCAACAGUGGCCAUUUGCAUUUUUUAUUUUCAUUUUAACAUAUUCACCGAGAUAGGUGGAAGAGUUUGUUUCAUUUGAAGAUUACAUUGAAUGUUAACUAGUAAUCAGUUCAUGCAACUUCCAUGUAACGGAUGUACAGAGUAAAGACACUGGUAAGAUUUAUGCAUGACUCUUGUUUUAAUGUUUGUAUUUGUUUUAUUGAAAGGAUUUUAUUAUAGGUUUUUUUUGUUUUCACGUUGCAAACAAAGCCAACUUCUGAAAAUGUCCACAGAAGGGACAGUGCUAUCUUUUAUGUGUAAACAGUGCCAAAGAUUUUUGCCACGAAAUUUGUGCCUUUUCUUAAGCCACCAGUUUUACAUGCUUGAUUUUUUUAAAGGCUUUUCUGUAUAUCUCACAUAUUUUUAUGCAUCAGCAAAAGUAUUCUGAUGUUAUUAAAUUAAGUUUCCUAGAA